AUGGCGCAGACCCUCCGCCCCGGCGGCCACGACUCCCAGCGCAUCUCCCAGCUCCUGCCGGGCGUCAAGUGCUCCCAGUGUGGCACCUCCGUCCCACUCGACCAGCUCCCCGACCAUGUCUGCGCCCCCGUCCCGCCCGUCCCCAAGCUACCCCUCCCGCCACCCAGCAAGGGCGGGGCCGACCCGAUCAGUCUGCUGCCAGCGCGCCUCCAGGGUCUGCUGAGGAGCCCGAGCCCGGGCACCCAGCAGCAAAAGCAGCAGCAGCAGCAGCAACAACGUGCUGCGUCUCCAUCACCGUCGAAGACGCCCACCCCGCGCUCGCGCGCCCCGUCCAACGCCAGCAUCAACCAGCCGCCCCGGAUCCAGGACCCCGCCAUCCGACGCACACCCAGUCCGCUCGCGCGAGGACCCGAGCCUCCGCGGACGGCGUCCAGUCCCUACCCGCGCGACCAGCCCUCCCGAGGGCCCUCAGAAGCAGCACCUCGUCCACCUCCCAGUCCCUACGCCCGCGAUCAACCUUCUCGAGGUCCCGUCGAUCGCAGCGGCACGCCCUCGAACAGCUCAUACGUCGUCCGCGACCCGCCACCGCGAUCAGGCAGCACCACACCGGCCGCUGCUUAUCAGCCGCACGCGAAUCGAACGCAGGCGCCCUACCAGACCACCAACCCCGCUCCUUCUGUCCAAAAUGGGCGCCCACCCGCGUCCCCGUUGCCGCCGCCGAUGAUAAAUUACCGACCUCCUCCCUCCCCCCAAACCCAGCCACCGGACGAAUACCGCAGUGGCGGAGAGGCGGGUAUGGCGGGCGUCGGCCGGCGCGCGUUCCAAGCCGCCGCGCGCGCCGCGAUGUGGGCUCAGGGGCAAGCUCAGCCACCCGAGGCGCCGACGCAACAGCAGCAGUACAGUUAUCCCGACCAAAGUCAGGCCAGGGCGGGGCCAUCCGGCUACCAGGGGUACAAUGCGCCCUAUGACGAACGCAUGAAGAUGUCCGCCCCCGCUGCCGGCAUGGACGGGAGAAGGCCGAACGCGCCUCCGCAUCUGGCUAUAGAUAACAGACCGAGCGCGGCCACGCCCCCUCUUUCCCCGGAGUCCGGGUCCGUCUCGUCCUACUCGGCCGGCACGUCCGCGCGAUCGCCGACUGGCACGACCUCCACCGCGCCAACGACCAUCCUCUCCGCGCGUACCCCGUCGCCAACGCGUAGCACCAGACGCGUCGAAGCGCCUGCGACACCCGAGCCGUCCACGCCACGCCUACCCUUUUUUGAAAAGUUCAAGAACAAGCUUCCCGCGAACGUGUCCAUCCCUACGCCGACCGUCGACCGCUUCAACGCCGCGAACAAAGAGAACGACGACGACGACAAGGACAGAUCCAAGGGCGCACUCAGCCCCCGCUCUCCGGACUCGGCCUCGGACUAUAGCUCCAGCGCCGGCUUUGGGCUCGCGUACAGAGAUGGAGACACUGACAGCGCGGCGGGCAGCGCGUACGCCAUGUCCCCGCCCACGAGGUCCGCGCCGUUGCCCCUGAACCCCGACAAACGCUCGCGUGCCGGUUCGAGCAGCACUACCAACAGCAGCACCCAGAAGAUCCAGUUCCCGAGCACCUCUGACUCACCGCCGCGCGCAGGCGCGAGCGCGCGGAUGUCGGCGACGACGCCGACGACGCCUGGUCGGAGCAUCAGCAGCGCGUCGGCGUACUCGGGCCGAACUGCCGGCGCACUGAACCGGGCGAGCCGGAACCCGAUGGACGUGCUGUCCGAGGAGGAGGAUGGCGCGGGGCCGGUCGCGGGGGUGGGCACCGGUGCGGGUGGACUGAAGGGCAGCGCGAGCGUGCACGGCGCGGGGAAGAAGGAGCGCGAGCGCGAGGCGGCGCUCAGACCGCCGAUGCGCGCGAACACGAGCCCGACGACGGAGCGCGAGCUGGAUAGCGAGCGUAAGUCGGUCAGGAGGCGGGUGAAGGAGCGCAAGUGCGUGCGAUGCGAGCGGGUGAUCACUGACGGGCGGUGGGUCGCGAUGGACGAGGGCGGGGUCCUGUGCGAGAGGUGCUGGAAGAAUAUGUAUCUGCCCAAGUGCCGGAGGUGUAAUUUGCCGAUCGAGAAGGCGGCGGUGUCGUCUUCCGACGGGCAGCUGAAGGGCAAGUAUCACAGGGAGUGCUUCAAUUGCCAUACGUGCCACAAACCGUUCCCGGACAAAACGUUUUAUGUGUUCGACGGGAAACCCUUCUGCGCGUACCACUACCACGAAGCGAACGACUCACUCUGCGCGGCCGCGACCUGUGGGCAGCCCAUCGAGGGACCCUGCGCGCUCUCGCACACGGGCGAUAGGUAUCACCCGGAGCACCUCACGUGCGAAUACGAAUACCCCAAUGACCCGUAUGCGGGUACGCCCAAGGCGCGCCGCUGCCCCGUCCGACUCGAGGAUUACUUUGAGAUGGACGGCCGGAUGCUGUGCGAGAAGCACGCGCGAGCGAUGGAAGAUGCUGCGAGAGAGGAGGAAGAAGGCGAGGACCGCGCGUGGGGCGAGGAUCGGGACAGGGAGAGGAGGGCGAUGAAGCGCACGACGCGAUUCAUCGACCUCGCGAACGGAGGAAUGGGCCUCGGCGGGAGUGGCUUGCGCUAA